GUAUAUCUUCCGUAUUAAACGUUUCGUCCUUUAACCGAAGUAAUUAUCAAAAUAUAAAAAGUUGUAUUAAUAAAUCAAAAUAUAUUAAGUGCAUGUAGAAAUUUAUUCUCAAUAAGGUGUCCACUUUUCUCGACAUACUGCAUACACUACUGAGUUGCCCGAUUGUUUUGCCAUCUACAUACUAGAAAAAUCUACGGAAUGCAUUAGUAUUAUAACGUUACAACCGAUACGUCGGAAUAGUUGAUUCUUAUGGGUGUUCGUUUCAAUGGAUUACGUGUCAUAAAAACGUUUCUGGUGAAAGUUUGACACGCGCAAAUUAUUCAUAUUUUUAUACGGAGAAAAUGUUGUUAUUAAAUUUUUAUUUUCAAAUGGCUUGGACUUACGUAGCCUCUGUUGGUUGGUACAUCGUUGCUUUAAUAGGAAUAAUAUGGUAUACUUAUCCGUAUAUUCAAGAUAAAUAUACAAAGUGGAAAAUAAAGAGAGACGAGGCAGAAUAUGCAGCAAAAUAUCAUAAGAAUUCUGAUCUUCUACAACAGAGAUUAUUGGCGGUGGAAUCGUCUAGGCAAAAAAUGCAAGAACAAUACAUUAAAUCGACAUUAAUAGCAAAAGAAAAAGAGGAAGAGCGCAAGCAAAAGAAAAAAGAAGAAGUUCGUAAUUUGUUAGACGGUGAUAUUGUGGGCCAUGGAAGAAAAGACGAACCCUCUACGUCAAAUGGAACGAAGUCAAAGUCAGGGUAUAAUCCAUUAAUGGGAGACGGUUCUCGAAGCUAUAGGCCACCCAAGCGCAGUUGUUGUGGAAAGGGUGGUUGUGGUUAAUUAUUUGAAAAAUGUGCCAUAGACUCAUUUUAAUCUUUUUUUUUUUUUUUUUUUUUUCUUUUUUCUUUCUUUCUUUUUUUUUCUUUUCUUUUUUUUUUUUUUAUCCGUUAUGCAAGUUUCUUUCUAUUAACGAAAAAUUAAGAAAAGGUGGCAGUUUAUAUGUAACAAGACAUAUUUAAAUACGAAAAUAAAUGUAAGUAUACAAAUACUUUGUAUAUACGAUUCAUUCUAUGUGAAUAAAAUUAUAUAUAUAUAUAUAUAUAUAUAUAUAUAUAUAUAUAUAUAUAUAUAUGUAUAUAUGUAUAUAUUUGUAUUAUAAACAGUUUUAUGUUGCAAGUAGGUUAAAAAUUAAGUUUAAAUUCUCAUACCGACUGUUACUACAUUUUUUAAGUACAAGAUUAAGUUUUUCCUUUUCUUUUUUUUUCUCCUUUUGUUUUGUUCUUUCUUUUUUUUUUGUUUUUGUUUUUUUUUUGUUUUUUUUUUUUUUUAUUACAACACAGUAUCUCAAUCUAAUAGUCAAAAAAAAAAAAAAAAAAAAGAAUGAUUAAUUCAUUAGAAAGAAAAUAUUAAUUCUGCAGAUUUCAUCACGAUAAUAAUAAAACUAUAAGAUUAAUUAAUUAUAUUACAUUCCAUUCGAACAAUAGAUUCGAUCAAGAUAAUAAUAAUUCCGAUGAUUGUGCUUUUGUCAAUUAAUUACAUAAGUCACGUAGAAUAUAUUAUAAUUUGUUUGUAAUCUAAAUAAUAAUGAUAUCACACUGUAUCGUUUGUGCGUUAUUCAAAACGUAUCGUAUUCGUGCAGGAUCAUUGUAAUAUACAAAGAUAUUAGAAUUGUUUUUUUUUUUCACGAUGAUAAUUUACUUUAAAAAAAAAAAAGAAAAAAAGAAAAAAACAUAUAUUUAGAAAUCAA